UAAUCUGAUAAUAAUGUAAUAUAAAUAAUGAUAUUUAUUUAGUAUGAUUAUUGUGUAUGGUUUGGAUUUCUAAAACCACUUCCUUUGUUGACAUUCGCGAUGACAGAUAGUCCAAUAUCCCCGUGUGACCCAAAUUCGACGAUGUAACGUGCCCCCCUUACAGAAUGGACUGGGAAAAGAAAUUUAAUUCUAUCCUUAAUGACACAAAAGCUAGCCUUUCAAGAGUAAAGAGAAACAAGUUUGAUUCAUCUGUUGGAAUGAAGAAUGUCACUUGGGCACCAACACAUUAUUCGACUCCAAUGAAGAGGAGCAUGUCAGUGUCAGAGAUACCAUCAUUGUCACCCAGUCUCUACCCAACAUCUAGUCUAAACCACACCAUUCAUACUGAUUUCUACUCUAGUGCUCAGCAGGUCAUGCCAUAUCCAUCAUCACAGACCCUUUUAGAGAAGAUUGAACAACAAAAUGCAUCUAUUGACCACUUGCGAGGUUUGGUGCAUCGUCUGGAGACUGACAGACAUAACUACCAGGAACAGAUUAGAGACCUAAGGAAUGAGAUCUACCAGCUGACAGAGCGGGCUACUGAGCGGCGCACGGACCCCAGUGUUGAGAGGAGGGUGGAGCAGGUGCGCCGCGAGUUGCUAGGGGAGAUGCAGCUACUGCAGUCCCAGCUUCAGAUGACCUCUGCCAAGGGAAGCAACUCUCAGCUCUCUGAUACACAGUUGCUGGCCAUGAAUAGAGAUGUGCUCGAAAUUAAACAUGCAUUCAGAGAUGAGUUGGAAAGUUUUAGACGCGAUGUUGAAAUUCUUCGCUCCAGAGUUGCUAAACUUGAGCUGGAGCUGGCCAGUCAGUUGAGUGGACAUCGUGAGGUGGAGAGACGACAAGACACAUUGGACCGUACCCUGAAUUCCCUGAGCCUUUCCCAGCCCAAGAACCCGAUCCCUUCCUCCACCCUCGCCAUGAUGAACACCAACAGACAGCUGGAGAAGCUGCAGAUCAAUGAACUCAGGUCUACACUCAGUGCUCUCCAGGGCAAGAUAGAGUUGUUGGAGAGGUCCCAGCAACCACUCACCAUCCCUGAGAAGAUAUCAUCCAACUCCAAACCCAUAUUCUCUAACGGUUUUUCCUCAGAUUAUAAGUCCAUGCAAGUUCAUGACAAUGAGAUAGAGGAUGACAUUGACCUUUCUGAUGGUGCCAGCUCAGAGAGCUCGGACUUCACUGAGUUUGAACUGGAAGCCAACACCAAGAAACAGAAAACUCCCAUUACAAAACAGAAGCGGGUUACUGAAGAUGACCUAGAUACUGAUGACCUUGAUAUGGAUGACCUUGACCUCAGUGAUGAUGACCUUUCCCAGAAUUCCCUUAGUGAUCCCUUUGGACAAUGGGGAUUUUUCAUAACCCAACAUAGCAUUAGGACAAAAUAUGAUAAAUUAUUCAACACAUUAAUCUGCCAUAUUACUAAUGUAGUUGCAUUAUUUGUAUCUGUAGGUCAAUAUGUUAAUCAUGUUGUUGUAUGUGAUUGGUCUUGUUUACUCUGCACUGUGUGAUGUAUUGUUCUCACAACUAUCUGUGUUCAUGUUAUGUUUUCUUUCCAAGUCUUUGGUAUAUAUUCAGUGUAUUGUCAUGUGCUAUGUCUUGUUCUCAUUAAUAUCUGUGUUCAUGUUAUUUAUUUUCCCUUCAAAAUAACUGUGGGGUGCAUAGUCAGUGUUUUGUCAUUAACAUAAACUUAUAUUAUAAGGUUAUUUAACAUAAUUGUGUACAAUGUGGUGAUAUAUUUGUUCAAGUUCACAGCUGACAUACCAUAUUCGAUCAGCGGAUAGGCAAGUUAAAUGUGAUAUUGCCACCUGUGUGCAAGUCCACAUAUAUCAGACUAUUGUACACAAAAUUGUAAAAUAUUUUUUUAUUGUAUACCUAAAAUGUUCUUUGAGAUAUUUGCAUUAAUCAAGUUCAAUUAAACAUUACAAAAUCAAGUCUGCAAAUGAGGGCAAGCUUUUACGUGUGAAGUUAGCUGUCACAAUACAUCUUGUAAAAACUCCCUCAGAGAAUACUUACCGGUAAUAUGUUAAUUAAAGCUAAUUUUAUAUUUGGGACAUGUUUAAACUAGGUUUAUGCAGAUCAGCAAAAAAUCUAAUUUCAAAACCAUGUAGAUUUGAGAAAAUAGCAGGCAUAUUUUGUGUGGAGUUGAAUGUGAUUGUUUAGAUUAUCUUGUAAGGUCCAAUAUGGAAUAUAUGGAUGCACUAGUGUCAAAUACGGUGAAAUAUUGGACAAUCAGCGGUACCAAUUGCAACAGCUUAUUGGAUCAUAUAAAUAGUUAUUUAAUAAUUAUAUUUAUUGUAAUCAAAUGGUCCAUGCGCAUUUAAAUCUUGGAACUGCCGGUUAUUUCAUCAUGACUUGUGCAACCUGUGUAACACAUACAGUGAAAUAGCUGCAUAAGCCAUCAUCUCAUCAUCUCCUGUAUUUCAUUGGUCAGUUGUCAAAUAGGUAAAUAAUAUUUCAUUAUGAGAUAUGGGAUGCACUUUCCUACAUUUAGCUAAAAUUGUGUAGAGCUAGCAACUAGGAUUUUGCUGUUAAUUACAUGUUUUACCUGCAUAUCUGUGAUAAUAUAUUUUACAUAGCAUUAUUUAUACAAUUGUCAGUGUAUUAUGACACACUUCUUGCACAGUUAUUUCUCAUAUGAUAUCUGUUGGAUGUGAAGGAGUUCUAGUAUUGUCAAUAACAACUGGACAUUCUGCGAAAAAAAAGCAAUUAAUGCGAUCAUUUAAAUGUUAUUUAAAAUUAGCUUUUUUAAAUCAAUUGAAACAUUUAGCUUUCCAACCUAUAGAUACUACAAAAACGGACACUUCAGGUAUUUCUAGUUAUAAAAAUGGUGCUUUACAAAGUAUUUAUUUCCUUAGGUGUAGUAAGAAAAUGCAUUUGUGACAAUUGACAAUACAUGUAUAUUGAUUUUUUUACCAAAGUGAACAACAAGAGCGCUUACUGUGUUUUGCCAGUAAACAUUGCUGUCUAUUUCACAUUGUAUACCAGUUGUAUUGUGCAUAAUUAUUUGUGUAUUGUAAUAAAAUCAUAAAAAUUCA